GUCCUCCACAGGUUGCUGAGCAACGAAACAAGGACUCAAGACGCAAGCAGAAAGCUAGGAGGAAAGUAGCGUUAGCCGAAUCUAGCUAGCUUACCUGACAUGGCAAGUCAGCGACCUCCAUCCAGCAGACCCAUGAGUCGAGGUGGGUCCCUUGUGCCAGGCACAGGAAGACCACCAACAGCCAGCCGGGCACCACAGACUGCCGUCCGAGUUGCCACAGGUAUGGUGCCAGGGACAGGCCGGCCCGGGACGAGGGGGGGUCCCAUAGCCACCCCAGGUGUCCUGUCAGCCCAGAUAAAAGUGGCCGACCGGCCCGUCACCCAGCAGGGUCUCAGCGGCAUGAAGACUGGAAUGAAAGGUCCACAACGACAAAUUCUAGACAAGUCCUACUACCUGGGCUUACUAAGGAGUAAAAUCAACGAACUAUCAACAGAAUGCAGUAAACUGCAAAAGGAGAUUGACACCUUCAACCAGGAGAACUCUGUUUACCUUUCAUAUGAGAAAAGAGCUGAAGUUCUGGUGGAUGAAAUCAAAGAUCUGCAGGGCCAGUUGGCAGAUUACAAUAUGCUUGUUGACAAACUGAACACCAACACUGAGAUGGAUGAGGUUGUGAAUGACUGUAACAUGCUCAAAGCCCAGAAUGACAGAGAGGCCUUGAGCAUUGAUGGGAUAUUUACAGAGAGGAGGGGAAAGGAGGAGAUGAUUCUGGCGGUGGAGGAGGAGAUAGAGAGGGAGCGACAGGCUGCUGAGGACAUCAUCAAAAAGAUGUCUCCUGAAAAACAGGCCAAGUACGCAGAGAUGAAGGCCACCAAUGAAGAACUGCUGCAGGAGCUUGAUGCACGUCAGGAGGAAAGUGAUGCCCUAAGCACGCGGAAGGAGGUGUUUGAAGCUGAGAUGGCCCACUCCCAGGUGAAGCAGGAGGCGGUGAUGCUGUAUGAGCGUCUGCAGGAGCUGGAGAUGAGGAGGGACACCAUGCUGGCUGAGGACAAGAACAUGGGCUCCCCCAAAGAGGAGAGGGACAAGCUCUUCAAUCAGGUGAAAGAAGACAAUCUGGAAAUAGCAAGCAUGGAGCGAAAGUUGACCGAAAUGCGAGAGAAGAUCAGCCAAGUCAAUGACGAGAUGCGUCAGCUGGACAAUGACAUGGAGGAGAGCCAAGGGGAGCGAAGCCAGAAGUACAAGGAGCUGAAGAAGAAAGAGGAGACCAUCAACAGUUUCAUGGAGACGUAUGACGAAGUCCGAGCUCAGGAACUGGAGCGUCACGAACAGGCCCAGGCCAGCAUUGUGGCCCUUCUAGAACAUUCUAGCAGGAACAUGACUCGCCUGCAGCAGAUCUCCUCUGUGACGGCUCACGAGCUGCGCUCCAUGCAGGAGGACCUGAGCUUCAAAGAGACGGAGAUGCACAAGUCCCAGAGCACGGCCAAGGGCCUCUCCUCUGAGAACAACCGUCUCCAGCAGGACCUGCAGAAGGUGGAGCAGCUGGAGGGCAAGAUCACGUCGGAGUUGAGCAGCCUGAACGAGCGCAUCCAGAGCAUGACCGAGGGCCUGAAGACCUUUAGCAACCUGGAUGCCCUCAAGGCCGCCGGGGAGGAGAAGAAGCAGAGGUUGCAGGAGGAGCGGGUGUCCCUGACCAUGCGGAAGGAGAGCUUCAAGAAGGAGCUGGCUGAGCUGGAGAAGGAGUACGAGGCUCUGAAGACCCAGCUCCAGGAGAACGAGACUCACGCUCAGCUCACUAACCUGGAGAGGAAAUGGCAGCACCAUGAACAGAACAACUUUGUCAUGAAAGAGUUCAUCGCUUCCAAGAGCAUGGAGAGCGACUACCGGCCCGUGGUGAAGACGGUCACCAAGCAACUGGCCGACUACAACAAGAUCCUGAUGGAGGCUCUGCAGGGCAGCCGUGGCUGAGUGAGAAAGCCCCUAUUCCGCUCCAAACUCCAUUCCAGCUUCCUGUCCCUGACAGACAGACGGACGGACAGACAGCAGCCAUAGAGUACGAGUAGUGGCUCCCAGCGCCAGUGUGUCCCCUGCUCACUUCCUGUGCAGCGACGCCACCGCCACUUAAUUACCCUCCAGAUAUAGAUUGAGCCGCCUCAUGGAUAUGCACUCAACAUCAAAGCUGUAUUGUGCAGAAAAGACUGGAAAAGAUGCCUAAACAACAACUGGCCUUGAAACCUGGUCAAAUUAUUAUCCUUAUAUAGCAUUUAUUUUAGAUAUACAUCAACCCUCCUCCAUGAGUUCACUCAUCGUCAAAGCUGUUUUGUGCAAAAAUAAUGUGCAAGCAUUCCAUAACAAUUCCUGGCUUCAAAGCUGGUCAAAUUAUUAUAGUCCUAAAAUACAAUUUAGAUAUAUCUUUAAUAGAAUAUACAGAUAUAUCGGUACGCGCAUAUAUUUGUAUUGCAAUGUUUGUAUUUAUAUCAGAAUAUUGAGAUCAAUAAACAUUUUUGUGAGCAAAUGGUUGCUUUUUUAUUA